UUUCCUCGAAAUGCAGAUCUACACGCACUCUGUUUAUAAAAUACUCAACGUCUCUUACCUCACUCGUGCCCCUCUUUUAUCUAUCUUCUUCUCUCUGCGAUAGAAGCAGUCAAACUUCUCUGUUUCUCCUUCCUCCGAUCAAGUGCAAUGGCAUCCCAUAUUGUUGGAUAUCCUCGCAUGGGCCCAAAGAGAGAGCUCAAGUUUGCAUUGGAAUCUUUCUGGGAUGGGAAGACCAGCGCUGAUGACUUACUGAAGGUUGCUGCAGAUCUGAGGUCGUCCAUCUGGAAACAGAUGGCCGGCGUUGGGAUCAAGUACAUCCCGAGCAACACCUUUGCCUAUUAUGACCAGGUGCUUGACACCACGGCAAUGCUUGGGGCAGUUCCCCCUAGAUACGGUUGGGCUGGUGGAGAGAUUGGUUUUGACACCUACUUCUCAAUGGCGAGGGGGAACGCCACUCUGCCUGCCAUGGAAAUGACCAAGUGGUUUGACACUAACUACCAUUUCAUCGUCCCCGAAUUGGGACCAGACAUGAAGUUCUCUUAUGCUUCUCACAAGGCAGUAAAUGAAUACAAGGAGGCAAAGGCGCUUGGGAUUGAUACCGUUCCAGUUCUUGUUGGACCAGUCUCGUACUUGUUGCUGUCAAAACCUGCAAAGGGAGUGGAGAAGUCCUUUUCCACUCUCUUGCUCUUGGAAAAGAUUCUUCCGGUCUACGAGGAGGUUGUGGCUGAACUGAAGGCAGCUGGUGCUUCAUGUAUUCAGUUCGAUGAACCCACCCUCGUGAUGGAUCUUGAUGCUCACCAAUUGCAAGCAUUUACUCAUGCCUACUCGCAGCUAGAAUCAUCGCUCUCUGGUUUGAAUGUUGUCAUUGAGACCUACUUUGCUGACAUUCCUGCAGAGGCAUACAAGACCCUCACCGCGCUGAAGGGUGUCACUGGUUUUGGGUUUGAUCUUGUUCGUGGAACAAAGACCCUUGAUUUGAUCAAGAGUGCUGGAUUCCCUUCUAACAAAUACCUCUUUGCUGGAGUUGUCGAUGGAAGGAACAUCUGGGCUAAUGAUUUGGCUGCUUCUCUCAGCACUCUUCAUGCUCUUGAGGCCAUUGUUGGUAAAGACAAGCUUGUGGUCUCCACAUCCUGCUCGCUCCUCCACACUGCUGUUGAUCUAGUAAAUGAGACAAAGCUGGACGGUGAAAUCAAAUCGUGGUUGGCAUUUGCUGCUCAGAAAGUAGUUGAGGUGAAUGCCUUGGCAAAGGCAUUGGCUGGUGAGAAGGAUGAGGCAUUCUUCUCAGCCAAUGCUGCCGCUCAGGCUUCUAGGAAAUCCUCUCCACGGGUGAACAAUGAGGCAGUUCAGAAAGCCGCUGCUGCUUUGAGGGGCUCUGAGCAUCGCCGUGCUACAAAUGUUAGCGCCCGGCUGGACGCACAGCAGAAGAAGCUGAACCUUCCAAUUCUCCCAACCACCACCAUUGGGUCUUUCCCUCAGACCAUGGACCUCAGGAGAGUCCGCCGUGAAUACAAGGCUAACAAGAUCUCUGAAGAGGAAUACGUGAAGGCCAUCAAAGAGGAAAUCAGCAAGGUUGUCAAGCUGCAGGAAGAGCUCGACAUUGAUGUCCUGGUCCAUGGAGAGCCUGAGAGGAAUGACAUGGUUGAGUACUUCGGGGAGCAGUUGCAAGGCUUUGCCUUCACAGUCAAUGGCUGGGUGCAGUCUUAUGGUUCCCGCUGCGUCAAGCCACCCAUCAUCUAUGGUGAUGUGAGCCGCCCCAAGGCCAUGACCGUAUUCUGGUCCUCGAUGGCCCAGAGCAUGACUGCCCGCCCAAUGAAGGGAAUGCUCACAGGCCCCGUUACCAUCCUCAACUGGUCUUUUGUCAGAAACGACCAGCCUAGAUUUGAGACAUGCUAUCAGAUUGCUCUGGCCAUCAAGGACGAAGUCGAGGAUCUUGAAGCAGCCGGCAUUCAGGUUAUCCAAAUUGACGAGGCUGCUCUCAGAGAGGGCUUGCCACUGAGGAAAUCCGAGCAAGCUUUCUACUUGGACUGGGCUGUCCAUUCAUUCCGGAUCACUAACUGUGGUGUUAAAGACACUACCCAGAUCCACACCCACAUGUGCUACUCCAACUUCAACGACAUCAUCCACUCCAUCAUUGACAUGGACGCUGACGUGAUCACCAUUGAGAACUCCCGCUCUGAUGAGAAGCUCCUCUCCGUCUUCCGCGAGGGCGUCAAGUAUGGUGCUGGCAUUGGUCCAGGUGUGUACGACAUCCACUCCCCACGUAUCCCGUCGACAGAGGAGAUUGCCGACCGCAUCAACAAGAUGCUUGCUGUGCUUGAGACGAAUAUCCUAUGGGUCAACCCUGAUUGUGGUCUCAAGACCCGCAAGUAUCAUGAGGUGAAUCCUGCACUGACCAACAUGGUUUCUGCAGCCAAGCUCCUCCGUACCCAGCUUGCUAGCGCCAAGUAAGAGCCUGCAGCCUGCCUCUGCAUUUUUUUCCUCUCGAAGUCGACAAAUUCCAUUUAAAAAGAAGCCUGCCUUGACCCCCCCCUUUCGUUUCACAAAUAAUAUUUGGUUUGUUUUAUGAUGAGUUUGUAGUAGUAAAGGCACUUAUUGCCUUCGAUAUAAACUGUUUGGUAGGCUGUGACAGCCUCUUUUACUCCCAACGUAAUAGAAUUUGAAGAAAUGCUAUUACUUGUAUUGCCA